AGCUUGAUAAAAACAUGUUUUUGCUCUUCGAUAACUCAUUCGUGUUCGGUGUUACAUGUGGCGAUAUUUUGAAUCUUAUUCGGAAAUAAUAAAAAUAAUAUAAUUUAUGUUAGAAAGUAGAAUAAUUAUUCGCUAGUCAAUAGUUAUGCCACCGAAAAAAACUAAAAAGUCAAAAAAUCAAGAUUGGGAUAGUGAUAAAGAUGAAGUAACAAAUGAGAUUUUACCGAAAGAAAAUUAUGCUGUUGAUGAUGAACCAAUUAUUAAACAAAAAAAAAUACCAAAAAAAAGUAAAAAAAAAAAUAAAAACCAAGAUUGGGAUGGCGAUUCAGAUGAAGUAACAACUGAGAUUUUACCGAAAGAGGAUUAUGCAGUUGAUGAUGAACCAAUUAUUAAACAAAAAAAAGUACCAAAAAAAAGUAAAAAAAAAAAUAAAAACCAAGAUUGGGAUGAUGAUUCAGAUUCUAAUAAGGGAGAAUUUUCAGUAGAAAAAAAAACUGAAUUAGAUGAUGAAAAUUUAUCCAAAGUAGAAGGAAACGAUGAUGUUGCAAUUACAAAAAAUGAGGAUUUAGUUGCUGAUGUAAAGUCAGAAGACUUAGGUAAACCGAAAAGUACUGGAAAAAUAUCAAAAAAGAAUAAAAGGAAACAAAAAGAUUUUGAUUUAGAAGAUGAAGAAGAUCAAAUUGUAGAAGAAUUUUUAGUUGAAAAAAAAACCGAGUUAAAUAAAGUCGAAUUAAAAACCGAAGAAAAUGUCGAUGUAGAAAUAAACAAAAAUAUUGAUAUUGUUGACGACAAUGUUCCUUCUGUGAAACAAGAAGACAUAAUUAAAUCGAAGAAUACUGGAAAAAUAUCAAAAAAGAAUAAAAAGAAGCAAAAAGAUUUUGAUUUAGAAGAUGAAGAUUCAAAUGCGGGAGAAGUUUCAGUAGAAAAAGUAACUGAAGUAGAUAAAGACAAAAUAAAUAAUGAAAAUAUAUCUAAAUUAGAAGCAAACGAUGAUGUUGCAAUUACGAAUGACAAAGAUGAUUUAAUUGCCGAAGAAUUACCUCAAGGAAAUUCUAAUAAAUCGGAGAAAAUAAUUAAUACUACAACAGUAUUAAAAAAGCAUAAAAAACAUACGAGUUUAGAAGGUGAUGCCGUUAUUGAAGACGUACUAGUAAAGAAAAUAGCUGAAGUUAAAAUAAACAAUGAAGAUGUAGCUGUAGAAGAAAAUACUAAUUUAAUUAGUACAAAUGAAAUAGAUUCCACCUCAGAUGUGAAGCUAAAGACCACAGCUAAAGAACCCAAGGCUAAGUCGUCUAAAGAAAAAGAAAUUAAAACUGAUAAACUAUCUCACAAAGAAAAAAAGAAAUUAAAAAAAGAUCUAGAAUAUCAAAAACAAAUGGAAACCAUGACAAAAAAAGGCGGUCAGGGACAUAGCGAGCUUGGUUCGAACUUCUCGGUGUCACAAAUACAAAAAACGGCUGGACAAUUGGCAGCUCUAGAACAUGCUGUAGACAUAAAAAUCGAAAACUUCAGUAUAUCGGCUAAAGGAAACGAUUUGUUUGUCAACGCUAGUUUAUUAAUUGCCCAAGGUCGUCGAUACGGUUUAGUCGGACCAAAUGGACAUGGCAAGACUACGUUACUUCGGCACAUUGCAGAGCGGCUGUUCGACAUCCCUCCGAACAUUGAUAUUUUGUACUGCGAACAAGAAGUAGUUGCAGACGAUACAACUGCUGUCAAUUCAGUUUUAAAAGCGGAUGUAAGAUGCACAGAGCUUCUGGCUGAAUGUAAAAAACUAGAGGAGGCCCAAGAAAAUGGUGAUUCUAGUGUUACAGACAGACUAAAUGAAGUUUAUGAUGAACUCAAAAUCAUCGGAUCAGAUUCUGCCGAACCAAGAGCGCGUCGUAUUCUCGCUGGUUUAGGGUUUUCGAAAGCCAUGCAAGAUCGUGCUACGAAAGAUUUUUCUGGAGGGUGGAGAAUGAGAGUAUCAUUGGCUAGAGCUCUAUUUCUUGAGCCCACCUUGUUAUUACUUGAUGAACCUACUAACCAUUUGGAUUUAAACGCUGUCAUUUGGCUUGACAACUAUUUACAGGGCUGGAAGAAAACUUUAUUGGUCGUGUCUCACGACCAAAGCUUUUUAGAUAACGUUUGCAAUGAGAUAAUCCAUUUAGAUGCAAAGCGACUGUUUUAUUACAAAGGAAAUUAUAGUAUGUUUAAAAAAAUGUACUCGCAGAAGAAAAAAGAAACUAUUAAAGAGUACGAGAAACAAGAAAAGAGAUUAAAAGAAAUGAAACAGCAAGGCCAAUCUAAAAAACAAGCAGAAAAAAAACAAAAAGAAGUGCUUACGAGGAAACAAGAAAAGAAUAGAGCCGGAAAGGGCAACAAAACUGAAAUGGACGACACAAUUGAACCUUCACAGUUGUUGCAAAAGCCGAAAGAUUAUAAUGUUAAAUUUUCGUUUCCAGACCCCAGUCCUUUACAGCCUCCUAUAUUGGGUUUGCAUAGUGUUAGUUUUUACUAUCCUGGCCAGAAACCCUUGUUUAGAAAUGUCGAUUUUGGAGUGGAUUUAAGUUCCAGAGUGGCAAUUGUCGGACCAAACGGAGUUGGCAAAUCAACAUUUUUAAAACUGCUAACCGGCGACCUGCAACCGACCGAAGGAGAAAUGAAAAUGAACCACAGAAUGAAAUUGGGUAAAUACGAUCAACACUCCGGCGAGCAUUUGACUGCGGAAGAAACGCCAGCAGAAUAUCUAAUGAGAUUGUUCAACUUGCCCUAUGAAAAAGCUCGGAAGCAACUCGGUACUUUCGGUUUGGCCAGUCACGCACACAUAAUUCGCAUGAAAGACUUGUCCGGUGGGCAAAAAGCACGUGUCGCUUUAGCCGAACUCACUUUGAACGCUCCCGAUGUUAUUAUAUUGGACGAGCCCACCAAUAAUUUGGACAUUGAAUCCAUUGAUGCGUUAGCCGAUGCUAUUAACGAUUACAAAGGAGGUGUGAUAAUUGUUUCCCACGACGAACGAUUGAUAAGAGACACGGAUUGUACUCUUUGGGUAAUAGAAGAUCAAACUAUAAACGAAGUAGACGGAGACUUUGACGACUAUAGAAAAGAAUUGCUCGAAUGUUUGGGAGAAAUUAUCAACAAUCCAAGUAUUGCAGCCAAUGCCGCAGUGGAACAAUGAUAUACCUACUUAUUAUUAUUUUUUUAUUAUAUAAUAAUUAUCAUAAGAUUAUUAUAUUAUUAUGAAAAAUAUAUUAUAUUGAUAUAUUAUUGUUCAAAAGUAUACAAUAUAAUGAAAUUAAAGCAAAUAAUGGCGGUU